GUCCAGCCGGGUGAAGACAUGUGUGUGUUCAGGAGUGUGUUCAGGUGUGUGUGUGUGUUGCUCUACCUGUCCACCAGUCUGGGUCUGAACCUGAGAGAUGAACCGGUGAUGUUCAGCGGACCCUCCGGGUCUCUGUUCGGAUACUCCCUGGACUUCCACUCUGACGGCAAGAGCUCCUCCGUUGUGAUUGGAGCUCCGAGAGCCAACACCAGCCAACCAGGAGUCACAGAGGCGGGGGGCGUGUUCAGGUGCUCCUGGUCCACCGGAGGGGAAUGUGUCCUACUGGACCUGGACCAGACAGGUGAUGAGCAGGUGAGCAGCUCAGGUGUUUUGUUCCAGUCCUUCAAGAGCCAGCAGUGGCUCGGAGCUUCGGUCCGCUUGCUCAACAGCACUCUGUCCCUGGCGUGUGCGCCGCUCUUCCACUGGAACGUUCGGAGGGGGGGGGCGGAGUCAGGGAAGACACCUGUAGGUACCUGCUUCCUCCACGACCACCUGACGGGAGCCUCCACCCCCUUCUCCCCCUGCAGGGCCAUGAUGGUCGAGGACGACUACAAGCGCAUGAACAACAGAAACGACCAGCGCUACUGCGAGGUCGGUUUCAGCGCCGACGUCACCCAGGAGGGCCGGCUGGUGCUUGGAGCUCCGGGAGGCUUCUACUUCCAGGGUCAGAUCAUCUCGGUGGGCGUCAGUGACAUCUUCAACAGUGGGUGGAGCAGUGGGCCGAUCCCGUACGUGGCAGGAAUCCGUCAGUCGGAGGAAAAGGGAGGCUACGACGUUUACCGAGGUUACUCUGUGGCCACCGGUCAGCUGACUGGAGACUCCACUCCAGAUUAUUUGGUCGGUAUUCCAAACGACAGGAACACAGCAGGAACAGUCAAGAUCUAUGACGGCAGGAGCAGUGGCUCUCUGAGGGUCCAGCACAGCUUCCUGGGAGGACAGGUGGCGUCGUACUUCGGCCACAGCGUAGCGGCGGCCGACAUCAACGGAGACGGCCUGGAAGAUGUUCUGGUUGGUUCUCCUCUCUUCAUGAACCGGGUGAAGGAGCAGCUGCAGGAGAGAGGACAGGUGCUGCUGUACCUGCAGAGAAGCUCCUCCUUCUCCUCCCAGCCGGACCAAUCCCUGGUCGGCCUCACCCUGUACGGACGAUUCGGCUCCAGCAUCGCUGUGCUGGGGGACCUGGACAUGGAUGGUUACCAAGACGUGGCCGUCGGGGCCCCCUGGUCCGGGGCCCGUCAGCAGGGCCAGGUGUUUAUUUACCUGGGCAACAGCAACGGUCUCUCGGCCACGCCCUCCCAGGUGAUUGACAGCCCGCUGCCAUCCCGGUCAGCGUUCGGUUUCGCUCUGAGGUCGGGUACCGACAUCGACGGGAACGGAUACCCAGAUCUGCUGGUUGGAGCCUGGGGGGCCGACCGGGCCUUUCUUUACAGGUCUCAGGCGGUGAUCCGGUCCAGAGUCCUGGUCUCUCUGUCGCCAGACUUCCUGAAUCCAAACGUCAAACUGUGCCAUCAAGGAUCUGCGGCUGUUUCCUGCUUUGUGGUCCAAGUGUGCGUCCAGGUGUCUGGUCACAUGAUUCCCCAGGAGACAGCUCUAGGGGUGGAGCUACAGCUGGACAGCAUGAAGCAGCCAAUGGCCAGACGGACCCUGCUGCUGCUGAACCAGCAACCCCAGGAAAUAACCAAGAUGGUGGUCCAGAGGGAGGUGGGCGUGGCCUGCAGCAACUACACCUGCUACCUGAGGUCUGAGGAGGAAGUCAGGGAUAAACUGAGCCCCAUCUUCAUCACCUCCACCAUCACCCUCCUCAACACUACCCAGCAUGCACUGCUGCAUGGACAGACAACUGCAGCUGCACAGACCAGGAUCAUCCUGGACUGUGGGGAUGAUAACGUCUGUAUUCCUGACCUGAAGCUGAGCGCUGUACCUGUGUCCCCCAGCGUGUUUGUGGGGGAUGACCAGACGGUGCUGCUGUCAGUCUCGGCCAGGAACGACGGUGAAGGAGCUUAUGAGAGCGAACUGGUGGUUCGAGUGCCGGAGAACACACAUUUCCAGAGCAGCCAGGGGCAGGACCGGCUGAUUUGCCUCCAGAGGAAGGAGAACCAGACCAUUGUCGUCGUCUGUGAACUUGGGAACCCCCUGAUAGGAGGAGGACAGCUGCAGACGGAGCUGCUGUUCAGCGUCGGUCACCUGGAGGAGGUGGAGAACCUCAGCUUCAUCCUCCGGAUCCGCAGUAAGAAUCCGGUGAACUCCAGCUCCUCCUCGGUGGAGGUGAAGGUCCAGGUUGAAGCCGACGCCUUGCUGGAGAUCAGAGGAAGCUCCGCCCCCCCGGACAUCCUGCUGCCCCCCCCAGGCUGGCAGCCUCCUACAGUGCAUGCUGGGAGUCUGGAGGACGAGGGUCCGCUGGUGGAGCACGUCUACGAGGUGAGGAACCGCGGCCCCAGCCCGGUCAACGCCCGGCUAACGGUGGACGUCCCCGUUACCUGGCGACAUCACUUCCUGCUCCGCGUCGCCGCCAACGCCUCGGAGGAAUCGCUCACCUGCCGGAACCUGAACACAUCACACUUGGAGUUGCUAGGCAACCGCUCCCAGCAGACUGUAGGGCCCCGGCUCGUCCAGCAGGAGGAGACAAACACGCCGAGACAAACUGUCCACGUGGCCUGUAACAACAGUGAGACGGACUGCGUCAGGUUCGAGUGUGAUGUCACGGCGUUGGGUCGGGGCUUCAGCGCCGUGGUCCGAGUCUCGGCCCGGUUGGAGCUACACACCUUCACACAGGUUUCCCGGCUGAACUUUGACCUGGUUUCCUCUGCUUCCUAUGAUGUCAUCGAUGCCCCGUCCAGGAUCCAACCCUCGAACCUGGACUCUGGACACACACAGACCCGGCUCCGUGUUCUCCAUCGUCCUCAUGAAGGUUCCUCGGUUCCGCUUGGAUACGUUUUCCUGUCCGUCGUCUGUGGGUUUCUGCUGCUGUGUGUCGUCUGCUGCAUCUUCUGGAAGUUGGGUUUCUUUAGGCGAACUCGACCCCCCACUGAUGAAGAUGAAGAUGAUGAAGCGCAGCAGCUGGCAGAGCAGAGUCACGACUGAACAAAGACAUCAGCAAUGAGGCUUUAUAGUAGAUUACUGCUGGAGGGGGGGCUUUGAUUA